CCGCAAUCUGCUGUAUUAAUAAGAUCCAAAAUCCGUGUAAAACAUUCGCCAGAUCCGAAAUCUGGACAAUUUUUUCUGUGAAAUCCGACGAUCUGAAAACCUGUUCACCCCCCUCCCCUUGUAAGUGCACUGUUGCAACUGAAAAUGUCUGAAAAAUGCACUGGGGAUUUAUUGCCCAUGCUACAAAUUUUCCAAUCUGGCUUGGAUUUCCUUGGGAAGAAAAUGUCAAGGAAAAUUAUCAGACAUCAUAGGUUUUCCAAAACUCCCUCUUUUAACACAAUACACCCCCUGAAUUGUUCAUACUUCACACUUUCCUGUUAUGCAAAUUCUGAUCUUGCCAUUUAAUACUCAUUUAAUACAAAGAUGAAAGAUUCAUUUAUAUUUGUGUAAGAUAUUCAUUACUGUGAAUCACAGUGUUGAAAAAACUGUAUUAUACAAUUUGAAUUUCCCAUCAGUAAAAUGCGCAAAAUGGAAAAGAGACUACAAAUCUAAACAGUAAACUUAAAACUGUCUUCAAAGACCUCAAAUUAAUGAAUGAAACAAAUAAACAAUGAUAGACUUGUUUGGCUUCCUUCCUUCAACAGUAAUAUUGUUUCGUUUCCGCAUACCUUUUUACCAUAUUUGUUUAAAGUAUGUUUCAUAUUAGCACAGUGCUUCUUGCUGUAGAUAUGUCUUCUUCCCAAGUUGUGAUUUCGACUGCAAACGCUACAAAAUUGAAAAUGACUUUUUGCCGCCAUGUUUGUCUGAUGUUUAAUAUGGAGUGAAGACAGAAGAGACUGGAAUCUAGUAUUAUUUGAGAUGGGGGUGACGUCAUAAGAGUGAUCCGAAAGCACAAACCACAAUUAAAAUUGUCACAAUUAAAAUGCAAAUUCAUUUAUAAUAUUUAGGCACUUUGAACGGAAUAGUCGCCACAAAUACAACUAGGAAGAGGAUAUUCAACGCUUGAAAUGUCGCCUUUUAAUCGACGUCGUCUGCGGAUGCUGUAGAGACUUUAUAAGUUUAUAUCGAGUUCCUUAGCUUAAUAUUCGCACGUCACUAGUCUUCAACUGUUUAAAUCUUUAGUUUAGGUUUUGCAGCCAGCUGGUUGUAUUAAUUGAAACCAUGAAAUUAUUGUUAUGAAAAUUUAAUAUUUGAGCAGUGGAUUUUCAGAGCUAGAACGUAAGCUGAUGAACUGUCAAAGUAGAAACGAUCGACGGAUCGAGUGAUUAUUAAAAUGGCAUUUUAAUAUCAUGACUCUGACAUUUCACUUGUUGAUUUCAAUAGCACAAGGUGAAUUUCAAGAGCUAAAAGAGUAAUAGUAAUAUUGAAUAGUAAUAGUAUUGGAAAAUGUGUUCUGCUUUGUCAUGAGUGUCAUGAGUCUACCAAAACAGAUCAAAUCAAUGCGGUGUUGGAUGUCAAGACGAUCAGGCAAGUCGUUGACAGACAUAGGGUAUAACAUUACCUUAGACUCAAAUUUGAGAGCUUACCGUGAUUAUCACAUUCGAACUAUGAAUCGAAAUAAGCGCGAAGUCAUUCGAGGAAGUUCUGAAUCAAUUUACAAGGACGGCAUGUCUGACACAGAGGACUGUUCAUCUGAUGUGAUGGAACGACAAUUCCCUCAAGGAAUGGAAGAAUUAAAAAAAUUUAAAGAAAGCAAUAAUAUUCUAGAACAUCGUAGUCGUGGAACUGAUGGGCGUCAGGAUGAGAUUUCAUGGACUCAUCACACAGAUAAUCAAAGCUUUAUAGACGAGUGUCUAGAAAAUGGACUAUCACCUGACGAUAAUGCUGUAAGCUCUGACAUUCAAGUCUAUGAGGGUUAUUUCUACGGUUGCAAACACUGGAACUUUUUCUGCGUCGAUGACGACAUAGAAGCUGUUAUACUGAGUUUGAAAGUGGAAUUAUUACAUGGGAAAGAGUACAUAAGGUAAUUAUAUAUUAGUAUAUAACUCGAAUGUUAGGUGCCAAUUCAAUAUGAGGAGAUAUUUCAGGAGGUGUUUUAUCAUGCUGCUUUCUUACUGUAGGUAAUAGUGAUACGCUUGCAAAAGUGCAACCCUAUGUUCAUUGUUCUAUGUGGAUAGAUACAAAGUAAUUUCAAGCGUUGAGAACCAUGUCGGCUGUCGGAAUUCAUGUGUUCUUGCAUGAAGAACAAGAAGCCUAAGAUCAUGAGAUGAAGUAAAUUAAUUGAAUAUAUUUCGCAUGUCUGUAUUAAUAUUGCUCAUGUCACCUCCGUGACAUAUAUAGCAUCAUUACACAGUUUGAAAAAUCAUUAAGAAAUAAUUUUUCCGGUUGAGAUGAAGCAAACUGCCACUCCUCUUCAAUAUUCAAGUGUCAAAACGGCAUAUCCUCGAAAUUACAAUAACGAAUCUUGGCGAUUAACAGUCAACACGCUCUAUUCACCCAGUCAGUGACUGAGUGACUGACUAGAAACGGAAAAGUUUCGCUUGCUACACAAUGACACGGACGGUUUUGCAGGCAUCCGCAGUUUAACUGGUCUAUCAAUGAUAACUGACAUACAAAACGUUAGUAAAAAAUAGACCUGUAAUAAAGUAUUAAACUAACAAUAUCCUUUCGUCAGCAAAGACAUCGUUGCAGGGGUCUAAGGUGACCCUAGAGACAAGAGGUUAGUUAGGGUUACACAAGGGUAUAGCUAUAGGCAAAUAACUUUUGGCCGCAGCCCGAAAUUUCGUUCGAAGGAAAAUUGCGUGCUGGAAUAAGGAAAACGUCAGAUCUAUUCUUUUGCGUGUUCAGGCCAGUCAAACUAUUAUCUAUAGGCGAAAGGACGGAUUAAAUCAUUACGUCACAUUUUCAAACCCUAUGAGGCUAUGUGAAUUCUUAGCGUGCUUGACCUGGUGGUCUUGAGAAUUUAUUGCCACUUUGUUAGUUUAUAUAUAUUAUAUAUAUUAUUAUUAUUAGUGUUAUAUCCUUGCCAAACAUAAUCAGACUUUGCACUUCCUAAUCCUCUCAAUGUUCAUCAACACUUAUUGUGAAACAGUGAUCUUUAUGAUAAUAUAAUGGGAUAUGGAUGAUAAUUUGUACUUGUUUGACCUUGAUUUGUUGAACAAACCUCAAAUGGAAUAUUAAAUUAGCGACACACGUACGAACAUUGUCAUUGAUUGGCGAGAUGAAUUUAUGAUUCACAAUUCUGGUUUAACAGCAGUGCGGCAGUCAAGUAGUAGCUGUCAGAAAACUACAGAUAAAGAGUUUUAUCUGCCUAGUCAAAAAUUAUGUAGGCACCAGUACUAGGCAACAGACGUCAAUGUUUUUGUUUGCUUUGCAGUCACCUGAACACUUCCUUGAUAAUGAUAGCGAUUGUAUUAAAAUUGUGAUAAGAGAAGAUAAGCUAUAGCCUCCUCCGCAAGCAUCUCGAUAGGGCAGAUUAUAAAUGUUUCAAUGCACGCCGUAACUAGUUGACCUUCGUACAAAAUCGGAGAGGGAAUCAUUUUCCUUUUUUACAGUACUCAACGAUGAAUGAGCUGGUCUAAUAUGAACGACGAGAACAAUAGUGCAUUUUGAAAAGUGCCAAUAAAGCUGAAAUGUAAUUAUCGGUAUAACAAAUUAUAAUUGCCAUUGCCCAUUGGGGCAUUGGUUAAAAAUCUAUAUUUAUUUCGACUGUUUGCCAUUGUUAAAACACUUGUUGAAGACUGCAAAAGCUUGUGAAAUAAAUAUAUAUUUUAAACCAGAGAGCGUCCAAAAACUCUGGAUGAAUAAUCCUGGUUGCGCUUCAAACAUCUUUAAAAAAAUUAUAAUUUAUAACUGUUGAAUAAUUUUCACUGUUAGUGUUGGCGUUGCUUCCCAUAAUGCCUAAUGGUCAGAUAUUAUUGGAUUUAUUGUCACUUUGGCAGCGUGUUUUUAAUUAAAGUAUUUUUUUCAGCUGGAUAUUUUGGUUUGCUCUUUGACCUAGUUAAUCAAGUUGAUCAAUAGAUUAAUAGAAUAUAGUCAUGUAAUACAUGUAAUACUUGUAAAAUUGUCGAAGUAAUAUAAGUCGAAAAUCGAAUGCAUGCACCUGUAUAAAAUGCUUACAGUACAUGCAUAUCAAUUAUCAUGCUUUAUCUUGCAUCUUAUCAAUUUUCGGAAAAACAAUAUGAUUGAGAGAUCAAUAUCAGACUUGAUGAGUUCGGUGCUGCGACGCGUGCAGCGAAAGCAGAGAUCGGCAACCGCAAACAAUGCCAGGAUAUUGCUCUCAACUAUACUCAAGACAAUGACAAUGUCUAUACAGCUUUAUGUGUGAAAAGGAAAUUAAAAUGCCCCUCUGACCCUGUAUGCGUUUAGCGUAUAUUUUGACACAUUUUGUUAUAGUCCGUGACGUCUACCGAAUUUAUACCACAAAAAUGAAGAGAGACGUCACUGAGUGGGAACAGUGAUUAUCACGAUUAACCUCUUAUAUUAAUUUCCAAUUAUAUUCAUGCAAUUCCUCAUAUUUUACCGCCACAGGAAAUACAGUACUAUACAUGCAGUUAAACUAUCUUGCAUUAGAAAUAUUAUAGUGUAUUAGAAAUAUUAUAGUGUAUAUAUAUAUAUAUAUAUAUAUAUAUAUAUAUAUAUAUAUAUAUAUAUAUAUAUAUAUAUAUAUAUAUAUAUAUAUAUAUAUAUAUAUAUAUAUAUAUAUAUAUAUAUAUAUAUAUAUAUAUAUAUAUAUAUAUAUAUAUAUAUAUAUAUAUAUAUAUAUAUAUAUAUAUAUAUAUAUAUAUAUAUAUAUAUAUAUAUAUAUAUAUAUCAAUACCAAACAAAUUUCCGAAAAAAAUUCAGUUUUCCCAUUUUGGCUAUGAGAACUUGACGAACAUGGGAAUUUGAUCAAGUAAUCAUGCACGUACUGUAUCUACCCUUUCUUCAAUUUAUGGUUUAAAUUAAACAGGGACCGCGCAGCGAUUUUACACUCCCGCCAUCUUGGCAAGGAGUGUGACAUCGAUUUAAACUCUAUGGUUUUAUGAACUGAUAACUUAGUUAGCGAUACAGUCGGUUAGAAAAAGUGGAUUUAGCUGGGGGGAAAUGGCAUAAAAGCUGUUUACGACCUACAGAGGCUUAGAGCUAUAUUGCAGUAUUGGACGUCAAUGGCCGCCGUGUUGGCUUCACUUUCAUAGACCGAAUGACUGAAGUUCUUGCUGUAAAUUACCCGAUGAUAGGUAGAUCGAUCGGUAGUUCUUGCCGAUGAUUGUCAUAUUGUAAAAGAACAAUUGCACAAAUAAGCAACAGUUAAUUCGAUAAAAUCACAUAUACGCACAAAAAUCACGUAGGCAGGCCUAAAAGUGCGAUAUUCAACUACCUACUUCGACACUUCGAGUGAAGGUCCUUCGUACUACUAUGUUUCGCCUUUCACACCCCCCCCCCCGGCCCCGCUUCCGCAGUACCUGUUAAAAAUACCUAAUCAUAUACUUGAAGUAGCACUAAUUAAUUAGUAACGUAUAGGCACACGGUUGCGAUCCAUCAUAGACAGGAUCAAAAUUAAAAAGUAGAUAUAUCAAUGGUGAUCCUAUACCUAAUCCGUGUUUGGACUAAUCAUGGUUAAAUCGCAGAAAUCUUCAUGGGAGAAUUUCAGUACAAAACAUGGAAAGCAAACAAUCACACACUAUAGUGCGAAGAAAGUUCCACCAUCAUUAUAAGCUGUAUGCAAGUUAGGUUACGAUAAACACCCUGCAUAUUAUUUAUUCUUCAAUCCAAAUAAAACUCGGCAUAGUGGAGAACGUGGGUUCAAAUGCCAGUAUCCCCAUACUCAUUAGUAUAACAAAGUUACUCAGGUACUGUAGGUUGGGCUUGUUGCUUGUUGCUACGCAUGCAAAUCCCUAGUGAUACUGAUAUAUGAAAAUGGGGAUACACAAAACACGGGAAUAUAUAUCAGCGUGACACCGGUCUGACCAACUGCACAUUCUGACAAUCUUCACAUCUUUCGGUCAGACCAUAGCCUACGUUAUAAACCCUAACUCGAUUCCUCAUAGGCUAUUCGGAUCACUGCAAUUGUUGUAUCUGCCCAUUUUUUCGGAUAAAAUAUAUUUAACUAUACUGUGAGCCUUAAGCCCUUGGCGAGACCCUUGUCGUUUGGAUUGUAUGAAAAUCCUGUUAAAAUGUAAGGUUAACCUUUGUGUUUCAUUUAGAAUAUUAGUCCGAAGUUCGUUACACAGCCUUCAUGUUGUGACAUCGCCAUCUUUGUUGGGAGUCUAUGAACAUUACAGUGACCCCUUCAGCUGGAUUGAAACACUCACACAACUGUUGAAAUUAACGAAACCAUUACAAGUUAUCGCCCAUCACACUGCUGCUUUAGAACUUGUUAAACUUGAACGGGUAAAGUAUGAAGAUCGUAUUGUGGUAUUUCAUUGCGAAUAUAAAGUUCUAGGUUGUGGUUGUGAGAUUGUAUAGACAAGUGUAACGUCGCCAAUUCUUUUUGGGACGGAAUGCUUAUAAAUUUUGUUUUUCAACUAUGGAUCGACAAAUUUGUCCUGAUUGCAGGCUAGGCUGUCUCGUGAUUGGUUAAUUUUACAAGCAGUCCGAGGCAAGUUGCAGUGGCGUAGGGCCCACGAAGGUGGCGAGGCAACUUGUCUCGUAUCACCGGGGGAAAAUAAUCCAACUUUUUCGUCGACUCUCGAUGCAAUUUUUUAUUGCGACAUCUGUUGCAAACUAGAGCAGUAGAGGUGUUACACGAGCAUUAUUACUUGCAACUUGUAAUACACUAUAACAAACGCAAUUGCGUUGCAUGUUGUAAUAACACUUACCUCUUGUAACAUGACCUUUAUCUCAAAGCACUCGCGAGUAAUCAAGCUUAAUUGUAUAUAGGCAAGCUUAGUAAUUGUUGACAAACUAUGACUAUGAGAUUUUCCAACCAUUUGUUGUUUACUCAAUAUCCUUUUUGCUUUCCAAUAAACCUCAUCUGCUCCUCACUGUAUAGGUUCCUCAGUUUAAUAAAAUACGUUACGUGUAGGCCUUUAAUUGACAGUUUGGUACAUUUUUACACUCUAGUUGUUUGUGAAAUCUGACUUCAAGAUUGGGGUGCUGUAUGUCAAGCAUGAACAACAAAGUGAAGACGAAAUAUUUUCCAACACUUCACAUUCCUCUGCUUUUGAAUCAUUCUUACAUCUGUUGGGGGAUCGUGUUAGUUUACAAGGUUUCGAAGGUUAUUCCGGAGGUCUUGAUACAUCCAACAGUCUCAAUGGAACACAAUCAAUAUAUACAGAAUAUCGCAAUAACAGAAUUAUGUUUCAUGUACCAACAUUAAUGCCAAAUACUGGAGAAGAUAAUAAAUACGUAAGUUAUGCAAUAUAUUUAUAAGGCCUGGCACCUAUCUCUUUAGCAUAGGACAAGCCAAGCUUAUACUACGAUGCUAUACUACAAGCUUACACCAAGAUCUACUGCUUGCACGCUGACGUCACGAGGACGGGCAGUUGAAUUUCUCGAACAUGUUCGCCGUUUUACACAUUGAAUUAUAAAAUAUUUGUAAAAGAACGCCGAAAUAAAACAGAAGGCCUAGGUUUAUAGCCAGUUGAGGACUAUAUACGUGUCGGAAUUUCCAUUUAGCACCACAGUUUCAAAACUAUAUUGACUCAGUAAAGAGCGUUCUCAAGUGAUUAUAUACAGUAUAUCUUAACCAAGAAACUAUUUCUCCAAACCCUACAGAUAUUUUUGUCUCUCAAGUACUAUAUAUGGGCAUAUGGCCUUCCGCCAACAGUUAUUCAAUCAUUACUUAUUCGUUGUUUCUACAGCUUGGAAAGAAAAGACAUGUUGGAAAUGACGUUCUCUGCGUGGUAUUUACAGACCAACCUGAGACUUCAUUUUCACCACUAUGGAUUAAAUCUCAGUUCCUUUACGCUUACAUAUUGGUCCAAGUAUUGCCUGCCUCCACCGAUCACCGAAUGAAGUUUAAGGUAUUAUUAUUAACAGCUGCUAUAUAUAGCAUAUAUAUAAUAAGGCGGUCGAAUAAAGAUGAGAAUGGACGAGUGAAAAUAUUCUUUCUAGCUGUGUAUACAAACUGGUUUGGCAUAACAGUGAUGAGCUCGAUAAUGACGAAGGUUAUUCCCACCAUGUCUCGCACACCUCAGUCUACUGAUCUAUAUGUAAUUUAAAUUGACCUUUAAGCACUCUUCUUCCAUUCAAAAUCAUCCAUUGUUAACCAUCCAUUUCGAUAUGAUCAGGCAGAAAUUAGUUUAAUAUAGUUACAUGAAGUUCAGAAUAUGAAUUGUGGGUUUCAAGAUUCAAUUCCAUUGUUUCUCUUUGCCUUUCGUAGGUUUCAGUGAUUUGUAGACAGGAAGUGCCUUGGUUUGGUCCACGAUUGUCCCACGACGGAACAUUUAAUGAAGUAUGGUUAUAUCUGCUUUCACUAAAAUAUAUUCAUGAGCCACAGUGCUAAAAAUGGGAGUUUAUAUAUUUCUAUAUCAAAUUACAUUAAGUUAAAUAAUGUAAUAGACACUUCAAUUUGCUUAAGUGCAUGCGACAAUUGUACGAGGUCGAGGCUGACAAUAAUUGAACUAUUCAGUAAUUUCAAUAGGAUCACAUUGUCAACGUUAACUUCAAGUUGAAGUUAUAGUUUCGUACAUAUCUGAUCAGGGCAGAGGCCGCGGAAGCAUUUCGAAAGUGGAGGGGCAUUGGCUAAAAGGGGCACUUUUAUAUAUGACUAAAAUCAAACGAUUUUAUGUCGUGCACAAGCCGAACGAAAAUGUUUGAAAAUAUGGAGUCUCUAGAACGUCGGAAAUGGCCUUUACAGUGUCUUUACUACUGCAAAAAGGGCACUUUCUUUCCAGCAAAAGAGGGCGUUCAUUCAAGAAAUACUUUUUUCAUCCUUUAAAUGGGGCACUUUAGCCCAGAAGAAAGGGCACUUUUUUCACUUUUAAAAAAGUGGGGGCACAUGCUCCCAUUGCCCCACCCCCGAUUCCGCGGCCCCUGGAUCAGGGCCGUCGCCGCCGCAAAUUUCGAAACCGUCGUCGGUCGAGCACAUCAUUGAUGGUCGAACACAUCAUUAAUCUCGUUCCCAGAUCGCGCCAGCGGUAAUUAGCGCGUACAAACCAUUCGGUGACAUAUUGUACCAAGACGAUGUCAGUGACUGAAGAUUUCACGCAGUAUAAGGUUUCAUAUUUUUUGAAAAGAUAGCGGGUAGCAGUCGAAAAGCAAAGCAGCCAAUUCGAUUUACUGGUUACUGCUCUUCGCACAAGUGUUGCAGUAACUAUCUUGUAAAAUUUACUUGAUUAUCUUAACUUUGAAGUGUCUAAGUGGCUUCACUAAUUAAAACUCAUGUGAAGUGAAAAAUAGAGAACCAUCUCAAAACUAGACACAACUGCAGAGUGACGUGGAAAAUACCAACAUUAGCAACAAUAUUAUACAUGCUAUUUACAGUUAGCUUUAACAUAAUGUCUAUCUAUAAUAUAAUAAUAUAUCUAUAAACCUUGCACUUUUGAUUAGUCCACGGCUAAUGCUAAAAUUGAAAUAUGAUAUAUUUUGAGUGGUUCAAGUAAAAGUGAAAUGUUAGUUAUAGUAUUAUUAAGCUGUGCGGUUCCAUUUUUACUUGAACCACGUGCACUCAUAUAUAUAUUGAGCAAUAGAAAACAUAUCAAGCUUUCUUUAAGGCCCUGUCACACUAUUGCGUAUGAGAGAAACGUAUGAGAAGCGUAUGAAAAUUAAUCGGAAAUAAUUUUUAUACGCACAAAAAUCCUUUGAAAUGCCAGCGUAUGAGCCCGUACAUCUGGCGUAUCUCUAGCGUAUUCAGCGUGUGCCUAGAGUAUGCUUAUCGUAUAAACCAUACGUUCGAUACGCACAAAAUUUUUGAACAUGCUUAAAAAAAAGUUUCUGCCUCGCCGUAUGCCAGCGUAUGCCACCGUAUGCGACCGUGCUUGAAACGUAUACAACCUAUGUCUAACGUAGCCCUAGCGUAUGUCAGCGUAUAUACCGGCGUAUAAGUGAUAUUUUUCAUACGCUGGCAUACGAUAGUACGAUACGCAAUAGUGUGACAGGGCCUUUAGUAACAAAUCUUAGCGUAUUGUGUUACUGGCGAGCAGGUCUCCGACUGUGCCAUUAUAUUUAAUUUGCCUUAAAAUUCGUUUCUUCGCUGUCGUGACUUCGUAUACGUUAAAAAUACGGUAGGUAACUUGAUGAAUAUAAAAAGUUGACGCACGGAACUUUUUUGACCAAGUUACAGCAGCCGUUUACACAAUAUAAGCCAAUUUUAUCGGCCUUUACUGAAACACAACUAAGCCCACACUUAAUGUGAAAAAUCUGUUUAUAACUCUGAACUCUUUUGUAGAAUGAAUAAUAACCGAAUUGGCUGCUUUGCAUGCCAUCUUUUCAAAAAUCUGAAACCUUAUACUAUCAUACUGCGUAAAAUCUUUUCUGGCAUCGAUUGGUAUAAGGUGUCACCAAAUGAUUCCACGCGCUAAUCACCUCAAAAGCAAUCUGGAACGAAAUUAAUGAUGUGUUCGACCAUCAAUGAUGUGCUCGACCGUCGACGGUUUCGAAAUUUGCGUCGCCGCCACUGGAACGGUUGGAUCGGUAAUUUCAACCGGACUACAAUACUAAUACUUUACGGAGCACCGAAAAUUAGAAAAUCAGCUUCUUCGGUACUCGCAUUCAUCACCCACAACCGCAAAUUCGUGGCUACGGCCGUGCUAAUCAACCAAACUAGAGACGUUUAUAUAAUAUGUGCUAAAUAUGGUCAUAAUUUCAGGGAGAUGUAUUUCGGGAAUGGCUUCUAGAAAAGAUUAUCAAUGGUGACAGAGCUUGUUACAAAGCACCAAAGUUUGCUUCAGUACAGGUAGUUACAGUGUAUCACGCCAAAUGCAUUUCAUUUAUUUUGUUUUCUAUCUAUUUUCUGUGUGCAGUAGUAAAUGCAGUAAAACAUAUUAUAUUUCUUGCUAUACAGCAAAGAACACGAUCACAAAUUAUGCAGUGUAUAUUGGACAAAGAAACUGCUAUGGAUGACAGGUAAUAUCUUUGAAAAAGUGGCGAUUACUAAUGAGGUUCUUACAUUGUCCCACAUUGCUAAAUGUAAAGCCCAUCGUGUUUGUGGAUUGGAUAUCCCCUGUUGGGUGUACGCUUACUAAUAUUUUAAGUACAGUACUGGUACAGUACUAACCGUCAGAGACCUUGGGUUCGAAUCCCGGUUGGGAUGCUCAGAAACUAAUUUUUCAGCAGAUGAUAUGACUCUAUUUGGAAAAGCCACAUCGCCAUUACUGACGUGAUGCUUGUUAUAACUAUUGACUAAAUUAAGGAUUUUUAUUUAUUCAAUACCAAAUUAUUUAUAGUUAUUCAAUGCAAAAUUCAGUGUUGAAAACUAGUUAGGGACGUUUUGAAGAAGUAAAAAUCUAAUUGAAGUGGUACUCAAUGAAUAUUUGAGUUUAAAAAAUCUGAAAUAAGGUGGAAUGGAGUAAAGAAUAGUGGAUUCAAGAAAAUGAACGAAUAACUUAAAAAAUAUGAUGAUUUUGAAAUUAUUUAAAAUGAAUAAUUUUAAAAUGAAAUUGCAGAGUCACAAUUUUUCCGCUUCCACUCCCCCCCCCAAAAAAAAAAAUUACUGCAAUAGCAAUGCGCACAAUACGUACCUUAUUCAUUUAGAGUUGGAUAUUCUUCAUCUUUAACACCAUCUACAAGCAGCAGUCUAGAAAGGUGGGUUUAUAUCUGUGCGUUGGUUGAUUUUGCUUUUGCCUCUGUAAUGACUGAGCGUUUCUGUGGUUCAGCUCUUUUCCAUGUCAGUAUUCAUCUGUUCAGUUAUUUCUCAAUCGACUCUGAUAAUUUUUCAUGACUAUGACUUUUAUAUCUAAUACCAGUUUAGAGGGAUUAUUUCCUGACGAUGUAAUCAAUGCCUUCGAUGAUACAAGUCCACAACUAAAGUACUUUCACUGCUCACAAAGUGAAGGGAUAAACUCUGGUGAUGUGGCCUUCCUUGCAGGUUCGUUAUAUAAUUAAAGAAAUCAGUUUAUGUACUAUUUAAAACACGAGCGUGCAGGAGUGCUUUAUCAUGCAGAUAUAAAACACGAGAGCACAGCUCGAGUGUUUUAUAUCUGAUACAGCACGGACUGCGAGCGUUUUAAAUAGCUUGAAAAACGACGCAUCUAAAGAGUUCAUUGACGAAGUAAUUUUAAAAAUAAACUUGUGUAAGCCGAGAAAAUCAAAGCUAAAGUUUAUGUAAAUGAUUUUUUAUCACAUAUGUCUUUUCCUCGUGAAUUAUUAAUGAGUUUUUUAAACAUAAUAUAACUAACAUCCAUGUUUGCAAAUGUCAAACGAGUCCGUCAUUUGUGCACUUUAUUUAGGUGUAACUAUAGGGGCCCCUGGCUAUUUAUCCACAUAACAUAGUCUGGUUAUUUGACCUCCUGGUCAAAUAUAACCGGAUUCCUGCUUACAUCAACCAGACUAUGGUCGUAUGGUAGGAAGUGAUAUAAAAUAACAAGGAAUGUUAACCCAUGACUGGGUUAAUUAUUUCUAAGUUAAAUAGGAAAAUUUUAACCAAGGUGUUUUCAGAGUGUAUACCUAAAUUCCCCCCCCCAUUUUGUGAAGUGCUAGCCAGAUAUAAAUUAGUAUAAUUGUUUUACAGGAAAGACGUAUAAAAAGCGAAUAUAUGGCAUGAGGUCUGUCAUGUGUCGCAAAAGCAGGUAAUAGAAAUAAAUGAUAUAAAGUUAAUGAUAUUGAGUUAAUAUAAAAUACUAAUUUAUUUUAUCAUACAUAUACCACAGUACAUAAUAUGUCACAAAUUGUUAAGGAAAAUUGACUGAAUAAUUUCCGUGAAUUGAAUUAUUUUAUUGAUUCUGACAUCUAAAGCGUCUCGUGUUUAAUUUCUUUUAGAGUAUUUCGAGAUAUGCUAACAGAUUGGGCACUUCCAGGAAAUUUCAUUUCAAAUAAUAACCCCGCACAACUUAAAGAUGACUCGCUGGUCAAACUUGCUUUGAAAAAAGCAAGAGCACAAGCUGUGACGCAAAAUAAUUCAAAGAAAGGAAAAUUUGCGAUAGAAACAUCAUUACAGACUUUACCAAGUCUUGAUCAAUAUGUAACCACAACGUCAAUCAAGAAAGGAGGACACACAUAUGAAAUAUCUCUCGACUGCAUAGGGAGAACCAGAGAGGUACACAUAACAAUUAAUUACUCAUAAUGGACCAUUUGCAUUAUAGACUAAAUUUUGAUCUCAACAAAAAUUUCAUCACAGCUUGAAAGAGCAUCACAAAAUUAGUAAUAUUCCAAAGUUUCGUUGCGAAAUGUUGUAAAAUGCGGAUAAUAUAGCCUUGCGAAAUUUGCAAUUUUCAGUCAUUUUGUAUUACGCACGGGAAAUUGAUGCCCCAACACCCGAUUGGGCUGUCAAUUUCCCUGCGUAAUACAAAAUGACUGACUGAAAACGGCAAACUUCUCAUGGCUAUAUUACCCGCAUUUUACAACAUUUCGCAACGAAACUUUGGAAUAUUACUAAUUUUGUGAUGCUCUUUCAAGCUGUGAUGAAAUUUCUGUUGAGAUCAAAAUUUAGUCUAUAAUGCAAAUGGUCCAUUGGACAUUGAAUGGAUGAUUCCAGCUAUAGAUGAAAUUUUGAUCUAGACAAGGAGAACGAAAUCCAUCACCACAGCUGGAAAGAGCAUCUUCAAAUGAGUAAAUUGCAAAGUUUGGUUACAAAAUGUUGAAAAAUGAGGAAAAUAUAGCCCUGUAGAUUUCGCAAAUUUUGUAUAUAUUUGCUUUGCGCGCGGGAAAAACGACCAUUUUUCAGCCGAAAGUGGUUAAUUUUUACCGCGUGUAAUACAUGCAAAUAUAUACAAAAUUUGCGAUAUAUAUAUCACAGGGCUAUAUUUUCUUCAUUUUACAACAUUUCGCAACCAAACUUUGCAGUUUUACUCAGACCUAAGAUGCUCUUUCUAGCUGUGGCGUUGGAUUUGCCUAGAUCAAAAUUUAGUCUGUACCUGGAAUUACCCAUUCAUGAUUUUAAUAUGGGUAAUAGAAUAGUUUCAAAUCAAUUUGAAUGAGACUAAUUUGACAGAACGUUGAGAUUAUUUACAAAUUCGUUUUUCAAAUAUUACCAAACUAUCUUUAUUUUUGAGAUUUUGGGAAAACAAAACAUUCUGGUACCCGCUAUCAUGUCUUGUUGUAAUUAGAGCUAAUUAAAUGACAUGCAUCACAACCAGGAUGGACAUUUUAAAACUAAAACAUAAUAUCAGUGGAAUGCUUAUACAGUAUGUAGCUUGAGCUUUAAUUUAAAAUAAGCAGCAUUGAAAAUAUAGCAAUUAUCAUUAAAAUGACCCGAGAAUUGCUCAAGAUACAAAAUAAUUUUACCCCGGUUGUAUAACGUCAUGCAUAUCCAACGAUGGAUACGCGAUAUUUUGUUUGAAAUAAAGGGUAAUAUCUUUUAUAGCAAGAACGAGUCGAAAAGACGACUGUUGUCUGAGGUUAUGGCGUUUUCGACCAUUGGAGGGUUCGUACAAAACUUGAAAAUCCUUGAAAGCCCUUGAAUUUCAAAACAAAAAUUCAAGGCCUUUAAUUUGUCAAAUGCUUGAAAAUCCUUGAAUUCUUCUUGCUUUUUUGAAUAUUUUCUGAAAUCUGUGCGUGUACAAAAGGGACAUUUUGUGGAAUUGAUUUUGUUCAUGUCUUGCGAUCUGUUUGAAGUUCAUUAAAGUUGCAAUUUUAAAGUUUAACGUCACUUGUUACUGCAUUCUAACGACUUCUUUUUAGCCCUUUACUCCUUGAAUUUCCUGAUACACGACCUUGAAAACCCUUGAAAUCGAACGAACCCUGCCAUUAUCUUUCGACCAUGUUAGCACCCCUUUGAUACAAAGCCUUCCGACCAUCAUAAUGUUUCGGUUUCCGGAGUCUAGAUAUAAUAUUUCAAAUCCGACUAUGAGGACCGGACUAGAUUUCAAGUCCUCGCAAUUUGAUCAAGUCCGAGGCGAAGCCGAAGACUGGAUCAAAAUGCGAGGACUUCAGUCUAGUCCAGUCCGAAUUGGAGGAUUUGAAAUGACAUCUCAUACGAAUAAAUCACUACUUAAUUAAUUUUUAUACAGUCCAAGGACUGAAUUAAUUUUGAUCCAGUCCUAGGCCAGGAUAUUCUUCAUCAGGUAUCCAGUAUUAUCAUGUGAGCAAAAUAGAGCAAUAUGGUUGGCUAAUUUACUCAUGAAUUAUUAAUGAUUUGAGAUCUAGGGUUGAAGAAUGUGGUUGAACCUUUUCAGCCGGAGCAAAGGCUAACAUGUUCGCGAGGUUACUACUUAUUACUGUUUUUUGUUCUUUAUAGUUUGUGAUGAACGAAUUCGAAGCAGAUAUAUUCAGUGGUGUUAUUGACUACAUACAUAAUGAUAAAUGUUCUAUAACGUACGAAACAUUGCCUGGUCUACUUUGUGCUGCAACAUAUUAUGAAUUGCCAGACCUCAGAUUAAGUUGUUUAAAUCGAAGAGACGACGUAAUUACAGUUACGACAGUAAGUAUAUAAACCUCCUCCACAGUGUUUCACCAACCCCGAGCGGGUGGGAAAAUUAAUGCGUUUUCCAUUGUAACCAGGCAAUUUCAAAGAUGUAAAAUAGUCUGACCUUGUGUUUUGUGUGCUGCAAUCUUUUGGUAUUUAUCGACACUUUUUUACAUCGGCCACCUUGACAUGGUCGCGAUCGUUACGGCUAUAAAUCCGGCGUUGUUUCAACAGAUAUAUAAGCGCAACUUGCAUCAAUUUGUCUCGAGUUUCUUGUAGUGAUUGUUGCCGUUACAGUGUUUAUUACAGUGUUUAUUUUCUAUUUCAGGUGUGUCGUAUGUUGAAUAUUGUGGAGGAAUAUAUCUUUUUCAAAGACGGCAGAGACCUCCAAGAAAAGGUACACAGGCUUGCCCUAUCAUAAAUCCCUGUGGGACUAAUUUAUUUCAAGCACGUUUGAGGGGGAGAACUUAUUGAAGUGGGAGGGAUGAUAAAAAAGUGCUUAAUAUGAACUUUGCAGCCACUUUGCCGAAACGCAGUAAGAAAUGUAGUACCUAACGUAGAUACCCAGUCCAAUUAAUGAAUCUAAACAGUAUAUGUUUCUUAGUUCUGAAGAGGUAAGGGGGAAAUGGGCUUAAUAAAGUUCUUGUUCUAAAAGAGGGACUUAUUAGAGAGCGAGCUUAUUAGAAAGCGAGCUUAUUAGAGAGCGAGCUUAAUAGAGAGAGAGAGUGCUUAUUAGAGAGCGAGCUUAUUAGAAAGCGAGCUUAUUAGAGAGAGAGAGUUUAUUAGAGAGCAAGCUUAUUAGAGAAAGGGCUCAUUAGAGAGCGAGCUUAUUAGAAAGCGAGCUGAUUAGGGAGCGAGCUUAUUUGAGAGAAAGAGAGCUUAUCAGAAAGCGAGCUUAUUAAUGAUAGAGCUUAUUACUGUAGAAAGCGAGAUUAUCUAAUAAUCGAGCGAGCUUAUUAGAAAGUGAGCUUAUCAGGGAGGAGCUUAUUUGAGAGGAGAGAGUCUGUAUUUAGCAUCCAUGCAUGUCAACAUUUCGUCUCUAUGCAUCAUUAAUACUGCAUGUAUUCAAUUUCAAAGAUGAAAAUAUUUUGUUUAAUAUAGUUACUUCAAUUCUUUGUAAAUAAUAUCGAAGAGAUAUCAAGCUGUAAGGAAAAUUUUACAUUGCUCACAAAAAGCAGGAUUAUUCUGGUUUUAUCACAAAACUGGAAGGUAGGCAACUUAAUUUAGCUCAAAUAUUGUGUAUAUUCAUCACACUCACAGUAUCCUUGCUUGUUCUAAGAUUUUAAUUAAAUUCAUAUUCUUGAUUAUAAAGUGUGAGCAGAAAUUAAAAGUGAAAAUACUUGUUCUUUGGGCUAAAUACAGAGGUAUGUUUUGUCAUGAACUGUUUUUUGUUGCUUAAUGUUAUUUCUCCUUCACUUAUUUCUCCUUCACUUCCCUUUCACUUCCACUUUCUAGCAAAAGUCUACUUACAUUUUUUCCCUAAAACGAUACGAUGUGAAAGUGAAACGUUUUAAACGUUCAGAUUCUGUGUCUUGUUUACUACUUAUUCGAUGCACCUACAGACAGUGCAAGCAUGCUUGCAGAGAGCAUUCCAUUCUAGGGGAAUGUAGAGCGAAACCGACUUAUUAAAUUAGCCAGGGAAUUGAAUAAACGAACAGUGAAUAUAUUGUGGAUAUCCUCGUUUUCAGUCACUUCGAAUUCCAUUUUUACUUCUUCUGUAAAGCUACGUUUACACGCUGCGAUUUGUCGUGUACGAUUCGUAUUCUGGCGUAUGAAAGUUACUAUACUGACGCCACAAUUCCUCUUCAUUCAGACUAUGGCGAAAUUUGAAAUGAAACCACUUUAUACGCGUGCUUAUUCCAUUACAUACGCCAGAAUACGAAUCGUACACGUGUAAACGUAUAGCUUAACCACAGAAUACUAUACAGAUGUCCAUCUCCAUUGUUUUUUGGGUAAGCGCUAUUCGUCAUGAUUCGUCACUCAACAAGUACCGUAAACAGAAACAGUCACCCCCUGAAAAUAUCCCAAAUGACACACGUCCAGGGGGGUGACUACUUCUGUUUACAGUACUUGCUGAGUGACGAAUCAUGACGAAUAGCUUUCGAUUUGUAAGCCAUGUUAUUCCAUUAUUUAAAACUAAAGUAGAUCGUGAGUCAAAGUUGAAUUAUAGGCCGAUUUCAUUGUUAGAUUCAUUAUCUAAAAUAAUUGAAAGAGUCGUUUUUACAAGACUUUAUAAUUUUUUGUUGGAUAUAACAUUUUUAAACCCAUUGCAAUCAGGCUAGCGGCCAGGUGAUUCGACAGUAAAUCAACUAUAGUAUAUUUAGUACAUAAGAUCUACGAGGCAUUUGAGCAAGGCAAAGAAGUAAGAAUGGUUUUCAUUGACAUUAGUAAAGCGUUUGACAGAGUUUGGCACAAGGAUCUUUUACACAAGCUUAAAUUAAUUGGUGUUGGAGGCCCUUUAUUAAGUUGGUUUGAAAGUUAUUUAUCUAAUCGGAAACAACGAGUGGUCAUAGAUGGCCAGUAUUCACAGUGGAAAAAUAUAAACGCAGGUGUGCCUCAGGGGUCCGUACUUGGCCCGUUGCUUUUUUUUAUUUAUAUAAACGAUAUCACCGAAAAUCUUGAAUCCUAUUCUUUAUUAUAUGCUGACGACACUUCUUUGUAUGAUAUUGUUGACAAUCCAGACACGUCUUCAACAAAAUUGAAUAAUGACUUUAUAGAAAUAGAAAAAAUGGGCAAAACGAUGGCUUGCUACUAUAAAUACAAAGAAGACCAAAUGCAUGACUUUUUCAGUUAAAAGACUUAAACCACCUCAUCCUGAUCUUUAUUUUGCAAACGAGAAAAUUUGUGAAGUCUUGCAACACACUCAUCUUGGCGUUAAACUCACAGCAAACCUCUCUUGGAAAGCCCAUAUUGUAAAUAUUUUUGAAAAUGCUAAUAAAAAGUUAAAUGUGUUAAAAGGCCUGAAAUUUAAAGUGAGUAGAGACACUCUAGGCAAGCUAUAUAUAGAUCACUUAUUCGUCCUGUUAUGGAGUAUGCGGACGUAUUGUGGGACAACGGUAUAGCCAGUGAUUGUGAUCUACUUGAGCAUGUACAAUAUGAGGCAGCUAAGAUUGUAACCGGGGCAAUAAAAGGAACUAGUAAGCAUCGUCUCAUGCAAGAAGUGGGAUGGGAAAGUAUGUCUACUAGAAGAAAAAUCCAUAAGCUUAUCUUAUAUUAUAAGAUUGUAAAUAACUUGAGUCCAACUUAUCUUAAAGAAUUACUUCCUUUACAAGUCUACGAAAGAACAAACUAUUCUUUAAGAACGGUUUCAGACUUUUCUCUUUUUAAUAGUCACACUGAACGUUAUAAAGGAUCCUUUUUCCCAUCUGCUGCAAGACUGUGGAAUAGUAUAAAUAUUGAGACGCGUUCGCUAGUUUCACUCGAUUUCUUUAAAAACGCUUUAGUUACCAUUUUUGACUUACCUGUUGCAAAUGUUAUUUAUAAUUUAUCCAAUGAUAGAUUUUCUUCUGUUUAUCACACUCGCCUGCGCUUAGGUGCUUGUGCAUUAAAUUCUUAUCUCUUUAAAAUAGGAUGUAAAGUAUCCCCAGUUUGUAUGUGUGGUUUUAAUACUGAAACUAUGAAACAUUAUUUUCUUCAUUGUCCAAUUUUUGCUGCCCAAAGACAGAAACUGCUCUCCUCUGCUGCUCAGAUGUUUGCUGACGAUUGGUCAAGAAUGAACGACGCGCAAAUUGUUGAAAUGUUUUUGCAUGGGUCAUCUUCAUUAUCAUUAGAAUCAAACAGAGAGUUAUUUUCUCUUGUGCAGUCUUACAGUAUAUAAAUGAAACAAAACGUUUUCAUUUGCACGAUUCUUGACUUCCGUCAGUUCUUUUUUCUUUUUAUGAUAUACUUGGCAUGUUAUUUAAACAUUUUGCAAUUGUAAGAAGUGAGCCCCCUAGAUGAGCGUAAAAAUAUGUUUUAACUCUUUUGCGACCCAGCCCAAUUCAUUCAUCCGCGAGCGGGUUAAAUAAAAAAAAAGAAAAAAAGUCGAGUGCAACUACGUAUUAAAUAAUCAUCAUCUUUCUCCCCAGAUGCUGAAGGCUGGAAAUAUAUUGCUGAGUCAGUCAUUUCUUCUUGUUGCCAGAUGAAUGGUGUUAUAUUAGAUGAAAGUCAAUAUGUAAGUGUCGAUGUGAAAGAUAUCUUUCAGAAUUAGUAUAUAUUGGGAAAUUUUUAUUAUAUUGUUUAUAUGAUGCCGAUCAAAUUCAUGACAAAAACCCACAUAACAAAACCCCACCGACAACAUCCCAUGCACGGACAAAAUCCCCGACUGUCAUAUGCUGUCGCUGGAUAUACCCGGCGACAUGCCGAAAACCCCCAAAUUAAUGAAUUCAGACAUUAAUCCCACAUUUGUGUUUAUCAUACGCAUACCACGAACUUUUUUAACACAAUAUCAUUUGUAAGAGUAAAGAAACGUUUUAUGAAAGGUAACUAUUCACUUGACCAACACUGUAAAUUUUAAGGAGUUGAAUCAACUCUAAAAGUGUCAUUCUGUCACCGUUUUUCGUGACAGAAUAACUCUUAUGGACUUGAUUCAACUCCUUGUAAUUUACAGUAAAUAUGCAUAUACGAAUAUUAUGGCCCACGGUGAGCAGCAUUUGAUCCAAAAUCUGAUCUUUUUGGUCGAUAUAUAGGUUUCUUCAAUAGAUAGUACAUAGGUUUCUUAAUUUCAAACAGGAACUGCGAGUAAAUUGUAUUAUUAAUACAGUUUUUUGUAUUUCACUCAAAUGGGGGUUUUGUCUGAAUUCAGUAAUUUGUAGUUUUCGUCAUCGCCGUCGGGGAUUUUAUCAACAUGGGGAUUUCUGUCGGUAUCUCAAGUAAAAUAUGCUAUUUGUUGUUGUCUAGGAUUCAACAGACGAUAAAUUCUGAAGUUCACUGAUACCAUUGUGCUGAACCUAAUUAUGCAAACGGCUCAAACAAUGAUUUAAGGUUAGCUCAUGAUAAGCGAGAGACGUUGAACUAGAACUUACGUCGCAAAUCUCUCCUUGGCUCGGGAGCCUCAUUCUCAUCAAUCGUAAGCCUAUCGAGUAUCGACUUCAUGCAUGAGAGCCAGUAUACGUCGAAUGGGUGUGUUGCUACUACUAAUCGACUAUACGUUCAGCAUGCGGUGAUAAGUGAACAAAAUGGGGAAAGACAUCAUGAUCAAACGAAUAGCCAAGUUUUGAAUGAAUAUAUUUCGCGCAAUUGCAUGUGGGUCGACACCAACCUAGUAUGAACAGCAGGGGCGAAACUUGAGGGGGUAUGAGGGGUGACCCCCCCCAAGUAUGAAUCAUCUGGAUUGGCAGGGCGAAUCAUCUGGAUUGCCAGGGCAAUCAAAGAUUUUAAUAGAAUGUAGAGUUAUUAAGUAACUUACAAGGCUUUCGGAGGGAAUUGAGUAGAAUUUAUGGACUUAAAUUUUACAGAUAUUGGUAAAAAAAUAAGGGUUUCACCCAUGUUUUAACAGGAAUUUGUACGGAAAAAUGUUUUUGAUGCUUAAUUUAACUGGUGUAUGUCCGGAAAAAUUUUUUCGACCCUUUUUUUUACUGUUAGGAAAAAAAAAUUUUUAACCUCCCCCCCCCAAAUAGUGGCCAGAAAUAUAAGUCGCCAGAAAUAAGAAUUUGCUGCAGGGCAUCAUCGGUUUUGGCAGUGCAAUUCUGGGAGACACCCCCCGAAUUAAAAGGGGCUAGUUUCGCCCCUGAUGAACAGGUUCGGUGAUUGAUUCUAACGAAUCACAAGCACUCAUACCACUUUUGUUUAAGCAUGUCAAUCACAAAACAUUGCUCAUUUUAUGUUGGUCUGUGCCAGUGUAUAGGUAGUGACAAUAAUAAGAAAGCUGCGGAUACAACUACCUAAAAAACCAAGCAGAACUUCGACGUUUUGGCAAAGACGUCGGGAAGUUAAUUCCUGACGAAGGGCCUUUGCUCGAAACCUUGAAGUUCUGCUUGUAUUUUUCAGGUAGUUGUUUCCAGAGACGCUGGAACUGGGGGUGCAGGAGGGGCAGCCGCCCCCGUUGCCCUUUACCAGGAGGGGCAAGGGGGCAAACCGGCAAAGGUGCCCUUUCGAUUUAAAAGAUUGCCUUGGCGAAAUAGCGAAUUGUCAGAAAUGUUAGUGCAAUUCUUUUACGAAUUUGCUUCAGAAAACGCAAGAAAUGCAAUCAUCGAGCCUCAAGAAUAGCACAAUCGCCUGGCGGAGAACCCCCUCACAUCCCUAUCAUCCAAUAAAUAGAAAACGGUUUACGCGAAGUUCAACUCCCGAUGUUUUGGAAACAUCUCUUAGUAUAUAACAAUUCAAAAGUGCCCUUUCACGAAAAUCUGCCGGCACCCUUUAUCUUCAUAUCGUUCCGGUGUCCCUGAUUGUUUCCCUUUAACCCGCAGCUUUCUUAUUUUAGGUUGGUAUAUCUUAAAAUAGCUAUCAUUAGGACCUCCAAGAGUUUUACAGAUAUAACUGUUCUGUUUCGUGAUUUCUAUUUAACUGUAUUUCAGUUUCUUUCCUGACCAUGAGACUGCAUUCAAUGAAUUAUAAACAUAAAUUAAUUGGUCGUAGUCUUGCUACUCUUGUGGUAUCUGAAAUGGAUGAUCGAGAAAGUUAAGCAUGGCGAGGUCGAUUAUAGAGUAGUUGUAAAUAACAAAAUUGUAAUUUAUUUUUUCUUCCAAAUAAGUCGAAGAUGAGGGUAUAAACUCAUCCAAACGCGUCAACUUAUGGCAAAUUAGAUAUUAAAUGACAUUUAUUUAUAAUUGGGGUAUAUAUAUUUUUUAAUUCAAAAUGUAAAUAUUACAUACAUUGUAACAGGAUAUAAAAAAAUAUUUUAUUAAAUGGAAAUAUGUUGCUUAUUUAUGAAUGCA